UCUCCCUUCUCCCCCAUAACGAUUACGAUCUCGAAUUGCAGACACCAACGAUCAAGCAAGAUUGACCAAGCGACGUCAUCGUCAUCUUAGUUUGAUUUAUUUAAGGUUUACAAUGCAAACUUCCAAGUACACGUUGUGGCUGGGGAUUGUCGCCGUGGUGGUGGUGUCACCGCUUCUUCUGGACGGAAGGAGUUUCUCAUGCCAGAGGGCAGAUCAAAAUGCUUAUGGGAAGGACUUCUGCCCUGUGAAGACCACCCGUCGGGACUCUCAUGCCAAAUGUGUCAUCGUCCAUGUCGGGAUAAAAGAUGAAGUUGCCAUUCUUCCAGUGUUUAGUCAUGCUCCAACCAUUGAAGUCCGUUCGUUGGGAAAAGAGAUCAUCCGGCCUGUCUUGAAAUACAAAAAACAGGGCGCUAAAAAGAAUGGUGAAAUCCGAGUCCCGUGUAAUGAGGUCACCCAAAACCAUCUUCCACGCAGCAACAAUAGCUUAACCUUGUGGGAGCUUGUUUAUGACUGUGUGAAGGCUGACGUGCAACAUCCUAUCACUGUUUCCUACAGCACAACAUUAAUGAACUGCAGCGUCACUUACACCAUACCAGCUCCCGUGCCAAACUUUCAUUGGUCCAUAGACAAUGCAUCUAAAUCCUUCGCUAUAACAGUCAAAUCUGAGGAUAAAGUCUAUGCAAAUUGGUGCUAUAAUCUGAGUGCAUACUUCUGCGGUCAAGGGUCACGUUCCAAUCCAACUACUAUUGAUCCAGCUCAAUCCCACUCUGCUCUUGUAAAAUUCCCUUACCUGCUUCCAUGUCUCUGUGUACAAGUAUAUUACACACACACAGAUGCUGUGCGGAAAACAGAGUGCCCUUUUCACAAUAAUACUGUGGCAGUAGAUGCACAAGAUGUUUGGCUCUCCUCUGAAGUGCAGUUGUUUGAGUCCAGUUUCACUUGGAGCGCUCCGUGUCCAGCUAGAGACUUAAAGCUCUUUGCCUCCCUCUGUUGGAGGCAUCACGAACAUCUCUGCUCCCCCUUACCGAACUCCACACUGGAAGGGAACGAAGAUGGGCAGAAACUGAUAUUUGACACAUCUGAUGUGGACAGACACCCUCAAAUGUGUGUGAAGUUUUCUCUAAAAGGCAGCCACAACAUCUCCUGCCCCUUCCAGGCUGAUAUGUCCUCAUGGCAGGCUUAUAUCGAACCACACCAGCACACCCUGUUUGUGCAUAUCAAUCCUACUGUCCCGGCCACAUUCUCAGCUCAGCUCUGCAUCCUGACCAAGAGGGAAUGUGCACCCAGAGGCCAUGUCUGCUCAGCGAGAGCGGAAGCAGCUUUGGAAACCAAAAUAAGCGUUCCUCUUCAAGUGAUUGCUGAGAGACCAUGUGUGCAGGUGUGGCAGUCAGAUCCCGCCCACAGGGGACGCAGAAUUUUUUGUCCACGCUAUGAUCGCAUCCGAUGGGGUGUGCAAGCUGUGGCAGCUUUGAUUCUUCUUGGCAUUGUUGCAUUUUUGAGACUUUUCAUCCGCUCUCUCACCAAGAGGGGAGCUACAGAUUGGCUGUAUGUCCAGAAGCCAGUGUUGCUGGUGUGCUCAUCGGAUCACUCGGCACACAUAUCUGCUGUGUGCGCCCUGGCUUCUCUGCUUCGGGAGGAUCUGAGUGCCACGGUCCACAUGGCCCUGUGUGCCCAAAGCUCACAAAGACAUGCAGGCACUGGGACGACUGUGGCAGAUCUGGGCCCGCUUCCUUGGCUGUACGGGCAGUGGGAGGCAGUGUGCGAGGCACAAGGAAAAGUGUUAAUCAUCUGGAGUCCUGAGGCCGAGAGGACGUAUAAGAAGUGGCGGGAGCGUACAAGACGUUGCAAAGAUGGGGUGAGAUGUGAGAACAUGACAGAGGUGAUGGAAGAUGACUCCAAACACAAUGCAGGACCACUGGGAAAACUGAAGAAAGAGGAUUGUGUGAGAACAUGCAAGGACAUAGACUGGGGAAUGCAGUACGAGCCGUCUGCAGUGAUAGAACCAGUGUUCACAGCCGCUCUUGACUGCCUGGAGGGGGCGCUACGUGAGCGCAAAGGUGAAGAAGCUGCAUUUGUGUACUUCCAGGGCCACAUCCACAGCAGGGACAUCCCAAAGGUCUUCCGAGAUGUUCCUCGCUACUGCAUACCUCAGGACUUCAGUGGUCUCAUUCAGGAGCUUGGAGGCAUGAGAAGGACAAGUAGUAGAUUAUGGUGGCACUGUUGGCACAGACUUGUGUCAAACGGGAUGUCGGUGUGGCUGGCACGGCAGUUAACCCUCAAACUGCAGACGCAGCUGCCUCAAACUCAGAGGACAGAAGGUCAACGGUCAGGAGUUACAUCAUUCAGACGACUGACGCCUAUACGGAAUACGCAAGGAACAAAGCAAGAGCAUGAGGCUUGCUUGCAGUGGUCAUCAGAGAAGACUUAAACUUGGACCUGUGGGACACUUUUAUUCCCCUGGAAACAUGAUGCUGGUGUUCUGUUGUAGCUCCUGCAAAGCUCUUCAAAAAGCCAAAUCCACAGGUUGUGUGACCGAACGAAACGCAGCACAUCAGUCUGUUAGGUGUACUGUAAAUAUGCAUCAUGGUAAUCAAUGCAAAUUUGAGUGUAUAACGCACAACUAAUUCCGAAUUCUCCAGCAGAUUUGUUCUGGGGAUAUUUCCCUUGUCUAAUGAAAAGUAUUAAUCUCCUAAUUUACUCUGAAAAACAAAUAAGGAUGUUUCUUUGUUUUUCCACAUGUAAAGAACAAACCCACAAAUUACUGCCCAUGAAAAUACUGUACGUGCGUUUUUAUUGUUUUGUUGUGCAUUGCAGUUGUGCAUUGCAGAUUAAUAACUUCUGGUGGUCCGAAUUUCUUUUCAUUGUGAAACAAUAACAAAAAUUAGUAGUGCGUCAA